CAAACUCAGGAAAUUCAUUCAGUACCUGAAAUUUCCUCCCACUAAUAAAAUCUUCCAUUUGCAUUGCAUUCUCAGCUCCAAAACUCAAAUUCAUUUCUGGGUUUUUCUUUCUCUCCAAAAAGAAAAUCUCUCUCCUUCUUUUCAGAUUAACGACUUCCUUUCAAGAAAAGCAAUUUCUUUUUAUUUUUUGUCUUUUUUCUCCUCUGGGUCUUCUUAACUUUCUAUCAUUUUCUUUAAAUUCCUCUUCAAAAUCCUCAAACCAUCAGCUAGAGAUAUUCAUAUAAUUCCGAGUUUUUCCUAAAUGGAUUUCUCCCAAGUCCACGAAAAUGGCAACGGCACCGUCGCGGCCGAAAGCUUCUGCAUCAAAGACCCUUUGAAUUGGGUAGCAGCAGCUGAGGCGCUGAAAGGCAGCCACCUCGAUGAAGUGAAGAAGAUGGUCGAAGAGUUCCGUAAGCCGUCGAUCAAGCUCGGCGGAGCGACGCUCACGAUCUCUCAGGUGGCCUCCGUGGCCCACCAGGCCGGUGUGAAGGUCGAGCUGUCCGAGUCAGCAAGAGCUGGCGUGAAGGCGAGCAGUGAUUGGGUGAUGGAGAGCAUGAAUAAAGGCACAGACAGCUAUGGUGUCACUACUGGUUUUGGUGCAACUUCUCAUAGGAGAACAAAGCAAGGUGGUGCCCUUCAAAAGGAGCUAAUCAGAUUCCUCAAUGCCGGAAUUUUCACCCCCGGCCGAGAAUCCGGCAAUGUGUUGCCGUCGACCGCCACCCGAGCCGCCAUGCUGGUGAGGAUCAACACCCUCCUUCAAGGCUACUCCGGCAUCAGAUUCGAGAUCUUGGAAGCCAUCACAAGCUUCCUCAACCACCAGAUCACCCCAUGUUUGCCGCUGAGGGGAACAAUCACCGCCUCCGGCGAUCUAGUCCCUCUAUCCUACAUUGCCGGGAUCUUAACAGGCCGUCCCAAUUCCAAAGCGCUGACAGCUGACGGGAAAGAGACUGAUGCAGCAGAGGCAUUCCGUCUCGCCGGAAUCAACACCGGCUUCUUUGAAUUGCAGCCUAAAGAAGGCCUUGCAUUGGUGAAUGGAACCGCGGUGGGGUCCGGCCUAGCAUCGAUGGUAUUGUUCGAGACCAAUGUCCUCGCCCUCCUAUCGGAAGUCCUAUCGGCGAUCUUCUGUGAAGUGAUGCAAGGGAAGCCGGAGUUCACAGAUCAUCUGACCCACAAAUUGAAACAUCACCCAGGCCAGAUUGAAUCGGCAGCGAUCAUGGAAUACAUCUUGGAUGGAAGCUCGUACAUGAAGAUGGCCAAGAAGCUACAUGAGCUUGAUCCUCUCCAGAAGCCGAAACAGGAUCGCUACGCCCUCCGUACAUCGCCCCAAUGGCUGGGCCCACAGAUUGAAGUAAUCAGGACAUCCACACGGUCCAUCGAGCGAGAGAUUAACUCAGUCAAUGACAACCCUUUGAUCGACGUCUCCAGAAACAAGGCCUUGCAUGGGGGAAACUUCCAGGGGACACCGAUCGGGGUUUCCAUGGACAAUACCCGCCUGGCAAUCGCGUCUAUUGGGAAAUUGAUGUUCGCUCAAUUCUCUGAACUGGUGAAUGAUUUCUACAACAACGGACUGCCUUCCAACCUUUCCGGUGGGCGGAAUCCCAGUCUGGAUUAUGGGUUUAAAGGGGCUGAGAUUGCAAUGGCGGCUUACUGCUCUGAACUCCAAUUCCUUGCUAAUCCCGUUACUAAUCACGUUCAAAGCGCUGAGCAGCAUAACCAGGAUGUGAAUUCGUUGGGAUUGAUUUCGUCGAGGAAGACAGCUGAGGCCGUUGAGAUAUUGAAGCUGAUGUCGACCACUUACCUUGUUGGGCUCUGCCAAGCUAUCGAUUUGAGGCAUUUGGAGGAGAAUUUGAAGAAUACGGUCAAGAACACCGUGAGCCAGGUGGCUAAGAGGGUUCUAACCAUGGGUGCGAAUGGCGAGCUUCACCCAUCAAGGUUCUGUGAGAAGGACUUGAUUAAGGUUGUUGAUCGCGAGUACGUGUUCGCAUACAUUGACGAUCCGUGCAGCUCGACAUACCCUUUGAUGCAGAAGCUGAGGCAGGUUCUGGUGGACCAUGCGUUGAUUAACGGUGAGAAGGAGAAGGAUCCGGGCACUUCUAUCUUCCAAAAGAUUGGGGCUUUUGAGGAGGAGCUCAAGACCCAUUUGCCGAAAGAGGUUGAGAAUGCUAGGGCUGAGUACGAGAGUGGGAAUUCGGCGGUGCCGAACCGGAUCAAGGAGUGUAGGUCUUACCCUCUGUAUAAGUUUGUGAGGGAGGAGCUGAAGACAGAUCUUCUGACAGGCGAGAGAGUACGGUCACCGGGCGAGGAAUUUGAUAAGGUUUUCGCGGCUAUGUGUGAAGGGAAGAUGAUUGAUCCACUGCUGGAGUGUCUGAGAGAAUGGAAUGGUGAACCUCUUCCCAUCUGUUAGGAAUGUUUUUUGUGAGAGGUGUUUGUGCUGUUCUCUUUGGUUAUUGUUCUUCUUCAAUCCUUUUACUUCAUGUAUUUGUAUUUUGAUGAAAUUCUACGAUGCGUGGAGAUGGAGAAUGUGAUUUCAAGAUUUCAUGUA